CACUGACCAAGGCCUCCCUAGUCGAGCCACUCAUAACACCUCAUUACCUGGUGUCGGAAAACAGAUUGAGGCAGAGGCCAUGGUGAUGACCAGCUGUUGCCCCUGCAUUUCCACUGCUGCUGCUGCUGCUGCCGCCACCGCUGCUGCUGCUGUUGCUACUGCUGCCAUGAUGAAUUUUAGCCUGCUCGAAAAUACCAUGGAGCCGUAAGAUGAGAGAGAUGCCGAGGAUUGUGUCUUCUGCAUGCGUCUCAUGGGUGUGAUCACGUGCACGUCCCCCAUGAACCCUACAGGCAAUGUCACCUAUACACACAAAAAGUUCAAACGGGCCCAAAUUGAGGCCUGUGACACUGUGGAAAAACAGCAGCUGCAUCAAGAAGAGACUGGAAAGAAUGGGAAGACCGAAACUUUGGCAAUUCCUACAAAAGCCUCGAUAGUAUCAAUAGAAGGAACUCCCUCUCCUAUCAAUGGAAUUUUGUCCUCUCAAACACCAAAUCACAUUUCUGGACAUACUGGUCAUUUUCCUCUGGAAUCUGAUGAUGGUAAGAAAAAGAAUAGUGGUAACAAUGGUGGGAAGUACAAAUGUAAGUAUUGUGGAGUGGGAUGUGCCAAGCCCUCAGUGUUGGAUAAACACAUCCGCACACACACCAAUGAGCGGCCUUAUAGCUGCGACCAAUGUUGUGUAGCCUUUAAAACCAAAAGCAACUACUUGAAGCACACUAGAUCCCGAGCUCAUGCCCUUAGAUGUGAUGGUGGGUUACAAGAAGGCAGUGAUGGAACAAUAGAAUCUAGUGACAACCUCGAUGUUGAUGGAGAUGAAGGCUCUAGAUGCCCCAGUCGAGAAGAUGGCCAACAGUGCCAACCUGCUGACUUUACUGUGGCUCAUAUGUCUGCUAGGGAUCAACAGGUUGAUUAUACAAGCACAUCAGAGGCCACAAGGUUAUAUCAUGAAGAGUCUGGGAAAGAUCGAGGAAAUUUUAUAUACAAACCUAAAUUUCGUGUCCGUGCUCAGUAUUCCCUUCAGGAAGAAAGUAUAUCUAAGGGACUCUCACCGCCCAUCCAAAGACAGCAGUCAACCCCACCUCAGGAUGUCACUACAUUUGACAGUAAUACCAUCAACUCAUCAACAUAUCAGAUCCAUGCUGCCUCCAAUCCCAACCAUCCCAGUCAAGGUGCUCACUCCAGUCCCAGUUCUCAUUCCCCAGGCCCUGCCAAUGCCUCCAAGCAGUGCUUUCCUCCAAUUGAAAUUCGGGCUGGAAAUAGAAAAGAUGAAGGAACAAUGUCUGGUCAGCGUAACUCUGUAGUAAUCUCUCAGACUACAAGCCCACUUUGGAAAGGUAUGAAGUCUCCAAGUCCAGAGUUAGUAGGACAACAUAUCACUAAACUGAUUGUUGAAAACCAAGCCAUUGUGGAGACCCACAAUCCACUGUGGUCACGACGUUACCGGCGUCAAUCCAGUCUUGGCUCUUCAUCAAGUGAGAGUGAUGGGUCAGGCAGUGGUAAAAGUCGGAGAUAUAGUCUUGCAGAUACAGGCAUAAAAAAUUCUAAACCUACUACUACUGGUCCCCCUCCUGCAGGUUCAGGUCCUACACAGCCCCUUCCUCGAGAACGAAGGCAUUCCAUCAAUGCUGAGGCUAUAAUGGUUGAACCACAGUCUUCGUACAGCCCCAGUCUUCCACCCAACCCACACCUGCCUCUUGCUCAGCCCACAGUCACCCCCAUCAGUGCUUCCAAACCUUCCAUAUCAUCACAAGGACUUACUACCUCUUAUUCUCAGCCUGCACCUGCCUUCACUGCCUCUCAUGUGACUAUGGUGGACUUCAGUUUGACAGAUGGAGCACGCAAGAGGUGCAUCUCUGAGGGCCCCAGUGUUGUGCGAGACUUGUCCAAAAGUCGAGUAAUGCCACAUGAUGAUCCAGCUCUUCUGCGUCAGCAUCCACAAAAUCCGGAGGGCUCUGUUAUAAAAAACCUUCUUUUAACUGCUCGUGCUGGUAUUACUGGUGCCAUUGAUUUAAACCUAGAGAGACAAGAGCGUGCAAGGAUUGCCAAUCAAGUCGUUUCCCAUGGGGAAAUUGGACCAUACACAUGUUUGCGAUGCAGAAUCCCUUGUCGAAGUCCUGAGGAAUUAGAAAUUCAUAUCCGACAUUACUGUGGACAGAGACCAGGAAGUGAAAGAGGUACCCCAGAUUCUACUAAAAGUGGUGAUGGGGGAAGAUGGCCUGGAGAGCAAGAUGUAGCUUUAGAUCUACAAAAAAAGCCUGAGUACAUGGACCAACAUGACCGUGAGCGUUCAUCAUCAAGAGGAUCAUCAACUGGGGAAACUAUACAUAGGCGAGGCUCAGAGGAAGAUUCAAGAUAUCAUUUAGAUAUGUCACCAAAGGUAUAUAGAAGUAAAUCAGCUCCAGAUGGGUCUUUACCGCCUACAAAGAAAAGAAAAAUGUCUGACAUUGAGAUCACGUCACACGAUAGAUCAAUGUUUCUUUCACCAAAUUUUUCUUCUAAGGGGCAAGGAGGAAUGAAGUCUGAAUCUGGGCUAAAGAUUAUGGAUGAUAUGAACAAACAAAAUAAACUCAAUAACCACCAACUGUUUGGUGGUGAGGUUCAAAUCUGUGAUGGUAAUGAGUUGAAAACCAUGAGAAUAGACCCCAGCCAGCAAUCAAGCCCAGGUUUAGAUAUCUGCAUUCCACCACAACAGUUGGGAGGCAGAGUAUCAAAGCCAGAAGUGUCUGCCCCAACUUCAGUGGUGAUGACCAUUGCCAAGUCUGGCCUCAACUCUGGGGGAACAAUGGUCCAGGUAGAAAACCAAAUCAGCACAUCUUCUACCAAAACUGUUCCAAGCGUAGUGAGCUCAUCAAUGAAUCGUGAACAGUCUGUUCUUUUACAAAAUGUACCAAAGGCAGCUCAUCCCCCAAAUAUGUACAAUGAAGCUAACCAGUUUGCAUUUUCUCCUUCAUUUCUACAGUAUGCACCUCACCUUCAGCUUCCCAACUUGGCCAUCCCUGGGAUUCCUACUCCAGACUUAGGGGGUUUAUCAUUUUCAACUUAUCCUCCUCGCAUCCCUGGUCAAACAUUUCUUCAUGGACAGACUUCCCUUAUGCAGGGGAUUUUAGGAAAUCACAAACAAAACACUGUUAGAUCCCCAGUAGUUUCAUCUAGGGUCUCCCCUGGUGGCUUUGCAGUGAGUGCAGCAGGAGGUUCGUCAGGUUCAUCCAGUGUUAUGCAUGGAGGUUCAAAUGAUAUUCGUAUAGGAGACAGCACUGGAGCACCAAAAAACCUUUUAGUUAAAGACAAGGAGAAAGAGCACCAGAAAACUCCCAGUAAGUUACCCCCUGCUGGCUAUCCUGCUCUUAUACCUGUUGGAGAUGAAAAGGUGCCAUAUGUCCCUGGGAUCCCAGGACCUUAUUCACAAGGCAGUGUGUUGCAGUCUCACCCUCCUACUGCUCAGAGAAGUCCCAUGACGGCUUUCACUCCUGUUACAUCAUCUAUAACCUCAAGUGCACCUCUCACAUCAAUUCCAUCACUUCCAGCAUUAAUGAGUACUGCUAGGGAGAAAAACCUCACAAUACCAAAAUACAGAGAGGCAACCAGAGAACCUCCAAGAAGUCCCGUGAGGGAGCACAGUCAGUCCUUAAAUGUGGUAAAACUCCCUCAUCGUUUAUCACCAAGAAUGUCUUCAGUCAUCGGUAAAGUUCCUGAACGAACAGUUAAUCCAGAAAUAAGAAUUCAUCCGGCGAAACCGGAGUCAGUAAGUCAAGAAAAGAAAACCUCUGAAAAGUUUUUGGUUCCGGUUGAAGAAUCAAACUAUGAAAACUGUUCCAAGGAGGAAUCUUCUGACUCAGAAGACUUCCUUCCACCACGGAAACGGCCAGAUUUCCUGGCCCUGAAGCCUCAACAAUUUAUGCCCAAAUCUUCUCUUGCCUUGAUUGGUACAACUUUAGUUAGCCCUGAUACUCCACGACCCAAAAAAAGUUGUGUACAGAUGCUGUUAAAUGGGUCAGCUUAUACUUAUUUAGGGCACAAAGUUUCUACAAAGUCUUAUUUUUGUUGUAUCUACAGACAGCAGCCCAUGUAUGUACCCCAAUCAACUGAUCCUAAGCUAUCUAUGUAUUCUAACUGGCAGAUUAGAAAACCAGCGGAAGACAAUCCUUUCAAGUUAACACCGUAUCAGGGAAUGGGAUUAUAUGAAUCGCGGAAGUAUGAUCGUGCAUAUACUAUUGCAAAACCCAAAGAAUUAAAUUUAAUUCAAACUCAUUCAUCAUAUUGGACGUUUAAGGAAGAAAAAGAAAAGAAUAAGGAAAAGGAAGACAUUGUGAAGGAUGAAGAGAAAAUGGAUAUUAAAAGCGAAGAGUCGUGUACAAAAGUGUCUGAACAAAGUGUCUCAGAAGGAAGUGGAUCAAUAAAACGAGAGUCUGAGGACGAUAGUCGAGACUCUUAUAAGACGAAUGAUGAGGCAGGGAGAUCAGAUAGUGGCUCAGUCAAGCGUGUAAAAAUUUUUGAAGGAGGUUUCAAGAGCAGUGAAGACUACACAUAUGUCAGGGGUCGUGGCCGAGGGAACUACGUGUGUGAAACUUGUGGAAUUCGCUGUAAGAAACCAUCUAUGUUAAAGAAGCACAUCCGUACACACACAGAUCUCCGCCCAUAUGCUUGUGGUCACUGUACUUUCAGUUUCAAGACGAAGGGAAACCUGACAAAACACCUAAGAUCAAAGGCUCAUUACAAGCGGUGUGUGGAGAUGGGCAUUGAUCCCGUCCCUACUGUGGUUGAUGAAAGUCACGUCAAUGAAGAAGCUCUCGCUUUGCAGGGGAAGAUGGAACAAGAAGACAGACUUGACAACAUUGAUUGUGAUGAUGAUGAUGAUGAAGAUGACGAUGAUGAUGAUGAUGAUGAUGAUGAAGAGGAUGAUGAUGACCCAAUGGGUGAAAACCAAGUUGAAGAUGCACUUAGUAUACAAAACCAGCAUAGGGAUAGUGGUUAUCAGGAAAGAGAAAACAAAAAGGUUGAAGUAACAGAGGAAUUGAAAGAUUGCCACCCUGAGCCUGUUGCUGCAGUAUCACGGUCUGGUGUAUUAGUCAUGCAACCAACGAGUCGUAACUGUUCUGGUAGUCCAAAGGAAGUUACGGUUCAGAAAGUUACCAAUAAUGUAGAGUCAUCACGAGAUUCACCCAUGGAUUUAAGUGUUAAGAAAACAAUGGCUGUAAAUUUUAUCACUGUAAUAGACAAAACUUCCACACCAAAAAAAUCAAUUCCCAGAAGACCAAGUUUUUUACCACUAAUGAGCACUGGGAGUAAGCCAUCUAUUACAGACCUCAGAUCUCCAGUUGGCAGUUUGGCAUCUCCUGGCACUCAAUCAACACCCAUCAGGGAACACCCUUCAGAAAUUUUGUCACCGGUGACAGAAUCGUCAACCCUUCUUAAGACAAUUUAUAAUACAACUGAGAGAGCCUCGCAUGUUUCCUUUGAGAAGCAAAGUAUUGUUCCUGACCCAACAAAGGAAAAUGGUUGCAGUAGUUCAAUGUUGCAAGCAUACCUAAAAGAGCGUGCUAUGUUAGACACUACAAUAAAGAGACAACAGUAUAAAGACUCGUCCUCAGAUACUUCACCAGAUUCUCCACAUAGUAGUUUAGCAUCUGCAUCUAUUUCAUCAGGAUCAAGUGCAGUAGAGAGUGUUGAAACAUUAAGCAAGCCAGAAAGUACAAGUGAUGGUGAAAAAUCAGAAAAAGAAAGUAAAAAAGAAGGAAAACAAGAAGAUGCUUCUGGUGGCAUUAGUGAUGAACAGAGUCCUCUUUCAAUGCCAUCUUCUUCAGGCAGUUGCAGCACCAUCACCUCCAGUGCCCUUCAGUCUACCACUUCACGAAUGCCAACACCACCCGCUAACCUGACUGUAAUGAACAGUGGCGGCAUGGACACCAAAACUUCCUUCCUUGUGCCCAGUGGAGUUGUUCCCUCUUCUCUCAACAGGCUGGGGAAUGAUGAUGGCAAGUGUAAAUGCAGCAUAUGCCACAAAGAGUUCAAUCGGCAGGCGCAGCUGAGCCUCCACAUGAACAUCCACUACAUGGAAAGGCCAUAUCGGUGUGACUCUUGUGCAGUAUCAUUCAGAACUAAUGGUCACCUCCAGAAGCAUAAACGAUCUGUUAGUCAUUUUAAUAAGGUGAACAUGAAUAUGACUUUUGGAACACCAAGUACAGACAAUCCACGCCCCUUUAAGUGUCAUGAUUGCAAAAUUGCUUUCCGAAUUCAUGGCCAUCUAGCAAAACAUCUGCGUUCAAAGAUGCAUAUAAUGAAGCUAGAGUGCCUUGGAAAACUUCCCUUCGGUACUUAUGCUGAAAUUGAACGAUCUGGUGCUAAUCUAAAUGAAAUUGAUACCACAGAUUGUGAUAACUCCUUGGAAAGCUUGCAGGCCAUGGCAUCACGCUUGUAUGAAAAGGAUCCAAGUAAAUUAUCAGCCUGGCAGAAUCAACAGGAGGGGCAUCAUCACCGAGUGCGCACCGUCAGCAAUUCAUCAACAAACUCCGAUGACUACCCAUUACAAGAUGAGCAAGAUGAUGCUCUCGCUGGGUGUGUCAAUGAUGAUGAUAUAGAAGGGGAUGAAGAUGAAGACAUACCAGUGCCUCGGGAUGCUGGGAGACUUGGGUUUUCUGGAGCUGUGGUUGGAACAGGACAUCGUGAACUGCACAGUCCACACUCGCACACGCUUUCAUCUCCAAUUGAAAUUGGCUCACAACAGCUAACCAAGCCCAUGAUGCAGCCAUAUACAUGUGGACUAUGUGAGGCCAAGUUUUCAAGCCACAGUCAACUGAUAAGCCACAGCCAACACCACCUCCCACCCUCUGGCAUGAUGAGUCUCAAAUCCUCUUGACCCACUUCACCAGAAUGUAGCUUUCAUCUCCGUUCAAGAAUUGACUACCAAGGUUUUAGAUAAAAGAUGACGAGGUCGUGUGUGAGGUUAUCACGAGGCAGUGGAGGAUCUACGGAUUGUGGACGCUUCACGUUUGUACUCAUUUGAUUAGGUGCUACUCUUCAUAAAUCCACAGGAGGAAUUUCUGAAAAUCACAGCUUACAGAUCCAUGACUCCCUAAUGACCAAAGGUUACAUCAUAAACAGCCCAGAGCCUGAGGUAACAGAUCUGCUACUUAUUAUUAGCCGAAAAAUGAAAUGGGAAUUAAGAUGUUACAGAUCUUCAUCCCAUCAUUGCUAGAGAAAAUUGACAUGUGAUUUUUCAUGACAUUAUGACAAUAUAAUCCACAUUCUUAACCUUGAUGAGCUGAUUACAAAUCUGUGACCGAUCAGGGUUUGAAUAGUUGGAGCUCAGUAAGAAGUAAGCACAUGAGGACAUGAUAAAACACAUGAAAAUUCAAAGUUGCACAUCAUCCUUUAUAACUGAUUUUAAAUAAGUAUUGUGUUAGAAACCUGAUACUGGUGAUGCCGUUAUGUACAUAAAUAUGUGAUUAAUCUGGUGAUAAAAUAUAUUGCCUUGGGAUUUCAAAAGCAAAUUUCAUGUUAAGUACAGCACUUCAAGAUAAUAGAAAUGCAACUCCUGUUGAAAUGGUGGAAAUUGAUAUGGUUAUGCACUUUUUUGUUUUUUUAAGUAAUGGACAGAGGGUGUUGGUGAAGUAUAGACUAGCUCAAAAAUCCCAUUACAAAUAAAUGACAUAACAGAUAAAACAGUAAUGGUUUUCAUUUACAUUGUGUACAGUCUGUGACCUUUGUUUGUUUUGUUUGUUUAUAUCUGAGUGUAGAUGUGCAUGUUUGUUCAAAAGCCUACCACAGUUUAACAAAAACUUGAAACUAGGCAUGUGAUAUUGUUUCAUGUGGCUUUAUAGCCAUGGACUAAAUGCUCUUUCAAGGAGAUUUCUGAAUUGAUAUUAAAACCACUCAAUAAUGAGAAGUGGUGGACAGAUGUUAAUCUGGCAAGUUUUGUGAUGCUCAAGUGUGUGACACAUUUCUCAAGAGUUUAGCCAUGCCUUAUGGCUCUAUAUCUGGUUUUGUGGGUUUUAAUUGUACUUCCAGUCUAUAUAGCUCAUGCAGCUACUAAUAAAUUUGUGAAGGGUUGAAGAUAUUGUAUGUAUUUUUAUUGUACAUGUUUGUAUUGAAGGAUUUGUAUAGACACUGUGCCAAUAUCACUCACUUUUUUUAUUUGAAGGGGGGGUGGAAAUGUUUCUAUUCUGUAGCCCAUAGUCAGUCAUCUGCCAUGCUGUUACUGCAUGGGAGCUUGUUAAUUGUAGAUAGAUUUAACAUUACUUCCAACCAGAUUUCUGUUGGUAAGCUAUGAUAACUGCCAAUGGACUUGCUGAGUUGUUCCAUCUUUACAUGGGUCUGUAUUUCUAGCCGUGUACUGUUGAGUGUACAGUAUAUGGGUUUUCUUGUUUGGCAGGUUUAUUAUAGGCCGUGUUUGUCAUAUUUUCAUUAAGGUAUGUCUACAAUUUUCAUGUGUCCUAAAGUUACUGUUAUGCAGAUGAUUUUGGUAAAGCUUAGAAGUAUAAGUGAAGAAUUGUAAUUGUAUACUACACAGCUCUGAAGUACAGACCAGAUAGUCACUUCCUAACAUGUCUUCAUUGUGGUAGAGCCUACCAGCAAUUUUUUUUAUACAGAAUAUUGACAAAAGUGACAGUUACUGGCUAGAAGACUCAGUCACCACUUGGUCAUUUUUCACUUCAGGAUCAAGUUUGAAAAUGUUAACGAAGUGUGGAUUGCAGCGGUGACUAAGAAUUCAGCACAACUGAACUUGAGCACAAAUCAACUAGUUGACAAUCUUUUGUAUUGCUAUCUCAGGGGCAUGUCGUGCUCAUAAUGACACUUGGGAGGGAACAAAGAAAUGCAGGAAAGCUUAGAAGAUCAGUAAGAAUUUGAUGCAGCUGUAUGUAGAUAUAGUAACAUAAAUAUAUAUUAAUAUUUUUACACCUUCAGGAAUUGUAUAUCAACAUUCACCAGUAACUAAUUUAAAAACAUUUAGAUUCUCUAGUGUGGGUAAUUUUAGUGGCUGUAUCAUAAAUAAUGAGAAACUACUAAGUUGUGUGGUUAUAUUUUACUGUAAAAGACAUUUUGUCUCCUUAUUAGGAUUUUGUUGUUAUUGAACCUCAGAAUUUAAAUCAGUAGGUUGGGGACAACAAUAUGCACAUAUUCUAUUAACUUUCUAAUGUUUACCUGCAUUUCUAAACUCAACCAUUGCAGAUAUUUAGACAUCUGCUUUUUUUCUCUCACUCUAAAGUUUAUGAAGUAACUGUUGUGUGUGCAUGUCUAAAGAUUUUUUUUUUUUUAAUUUUGCAUACGGAUACUGAAUUUGUACAGCAUUAACACUGAGGUUUUAAUAUUAUCUGUGGGAUGAUCAUCAGGGUCAUACAGAGCCUCCUAGACUAGUACUAAAGUUACAUAAUAAUGAGAAAUUUUACAAAGGCUGUAUCUUUUUUUUUGUGUUUAGAGACUCAAGUUGAUUUUUGUCUUAAAAUUAUAAUACAGUAGAUAUGAAUCAUAGUAAAGCAGUAUACAUUAAGUAAUUCCUUAUAAAACUAUCCAAUAUGUCAAUUGUGAUACAGGAAUGAAAUUUUGCUUGCGUUUGAUAAAGUUUCUAAAUUGCUGAAGAGAAGAAAAUAAUUUCUCUUUUCUUAAUGCUGUAAAUUGCUGAGCAAGUUAGUUUUGAAUAAGAAAUACAUAUUUUUGUACUGUAUUUUGAUGCUGCUGUCUAGGAGGUUCUGAUCGGGAUGUAAGUAUGAGAAAAAAGUGCAAUAUUGUAUGGAAGAGGCUAACAAAGUCUGAUAAACACCGGAUAUGUAGGGAAUUAAUUAUAUCAGAUCAAUAAAUGUAUUACAACUGAGAAGCAGAAGCAGCAGGUCAGUUCUGCUGUAAUAGUGGUGAAUAUUAUGAUGGGAAGAUUGUUAAUUAUAGUGCAGCAUUUAUGAGACAUGUUGUAAAGGAGGAUGGGGAGAACACAUUAAGAGAGAGAAUGUUACUGGACAUCUUAUAGGAGUGUUAUCUGCCAAGAAUUUUCAAAGGUAUUUUGUGUAGACACAGUGGUAUGAAUACAUUACGGUAUGUGAAAUUUUGUAGAAGUUUUUCUUUAGGAGUGUAUGAAGAAUGAGAAGAGGUAUAGAGUAAGCAGGAGAAGAGGCAGGCUGUGUUCAUAGAAAUGAUAAAUUAUUUUUACAUGGAUUAUAAAUUUUGUAAGAGCAGCAAACUCAUAAGCAAGAAUAAACUUGAAUUGGUUUUGGGAAGUGCAACUCAGGUUUUCAUGGGAAUUGGAUACUAGACCCAAACAUUUUACUUUAUCAUAAUAAAAUUGCCUUGUUCGUGAUAUACAGUAUAAGAAAUUGGAAGAAUAUUUACUCAUAAAAUUUAUGUAAUUUCACAUUGGAUGUCCAUAGUAUAGAAGGUAAACAAAGCUUAAAUUAUGACUAAAAAAUUUAAGAUGUCACAAUAUUGUGUAUUGGCUUCUGGUCUUCUCUCUCAGAAAGUUAGCUUUCUCAUUUUAAUAUAAUCCCAUGAUAUGUAAAUUUUUGUACACUGCAUUGGCAUCAUCUUUAAUUAUAUUAUUUAGAAAUAAUAAUUUACCCAAAACAUACUACAGAUGACAUAGCACAGGGCUGCAAUAGCUGUAAUGCAUAAAUUGCUGAAGGGAGAUAGGUCAUAGGUGAUGGAUGGUAGAUGACUAUAGUUAUUGAAAGUGAAUGUUGAUCAUACCACUCAUGAAAUAGUUUUUAAAAUUUUGUAAACAAAGUCCAUCUGGAUAAGAUGAAGCUGGUUAUGUUUAAUACAAGUAAAUGGAAUCUGGAAUGAAAAGAGGGACAAUGUUAUAUAAUAUUGAAGAUCUUUAAGUGUUAUCUGCAACAAGGUUCAUAAUAAGUAGAGAAGGCAAUAAAAGUUGGCCAAAUAUUUGGUGCUGUUGAAGAGACUGGUGAAAGAAGUGUCUGUGUUGAGGUUCUUGAUAGAUUAAACUACACUUAUUGAAUUUAAGUAAAAUGAAGAUGUAUACAAAUAGGUUGGUCACUACUGUAUAAUGUUAAGUCUUGGAGGUGGAUUGUAAGAAGUGGAUAUGCAAUUAGGAGAACAAAUGAAAUGAAGGAAGCGGAAAUCAGAAGAUACACUGUUAUGAGAGGAGUGGCUGACAAAAGAUAAAGACUUGAGUUAGUUGGAAUGUGAGUAGAGUGAAGGAAUGGUACAUGGACCAAAUGGAGGAGCACUUGUGUUUUAUGUGUCUUGAUGGAGCAAUUUGUAGAUAUGUUUGGAGAUAAUGUUAUAUGAAGACUGUGCGAGUAAUCAUGAUGUAUAAUAAUAGAAGACUGCAUUAAGGUAUACAGGUAAAUAGAAAUUUAUGUAUGUAAGGUUUACCUUACAAUAAAAAAAAUUGCCCAAAAUUUAAAUUCUUAAAGAUUUGACUUAUAACAUGAGUGAGAUUGUGAGUUAGUCCAAGAGCCUUAAAUUUUCUUAAUGAAAAAUAGUUAUGUGUGCCCAUGCGUUGUCUGAUCAGUCUUAAUACAUAUUUAUACAGUAUUUGCUGUAAGUGAAAAAUAUGUAGAAUACACUUGUUGAAAUGAUCAUUUACUUACAUAUACAGUACAAUAUACCAAAUUCAACUAGCUAUUAUAUUUGGUAGGAAGAUGAGCAACAAAUUGCAUCAGAAUUAUUUAACUGUACAGUACUGAUGCUUUCAAAAUUCCAUACUGAUUCAGACUGUAUGCUGCGGAUAUUGGGUGGUCCACUUCCCUGUGUGUACUGUUGUGCUCUCAUGCCCUCAGUGUCAGACCUCUUGCAGAAUGUUAACCCAAAAGUUUUUGAUAAUAGUUGAAAAAGAUUUUGUUCAUAGACAACUGAACUUUAUGACAAUGAAUUUCCACCUCAGUAGGGUAUAUUUUUGCACUGUUGUUAAUAAUAAAGGUAUUCAGUCAGGAUCAGGUUUCACUAAACUGAUACUCGUGUCUUUUGCAAAACUGGCUUUGAAGUGAUCAGUAUAUUUUGAUUCUGUUAGAGAACUGGUCAAAAUAGUCAUGAGAUGGAAUUGUGUAGCUUGGCACCCGCAAACUCAUGUUAAUAAUGGAAGCUUUAAAAGGCCAUGGAUCAGAUUAGUGAAACUGAAUCCAUGUAAAAUAAUCCAUCACAUUUUUUCUUAACCCAGUCUUGCUCUUACAAAUAUGUGUGUAUAUGCCAGCUUCAUUUCGAUACAUUUUUUCUUAACACGUGUUAUAAAUAUUGUACAUAAAACUAUUGUUUAAUGGCAUUGUCAAGAUUAAUUUAUACACCAAGACCUUAAGUACCUGGGACAUAACAUUUUGAGGUUCAUGCAGACAGUUGUUUAUUGUGUAGUUUUCUCAGAAAGCAUCAUGUAAACAUAAUGGUAUAAGCUGAUGUCUAGGAUAAUCAGGAUUCUGAUUAACCCAGUUCUACAUAGUUAAAAGCAUCAGUGUCUGUAUAUCAUUCAACUGCCCAUUACAUCUUCAAGAAAGUGCGGUUCUCCCGUGACAUAAAUUCACUUAGGUUGGGGAUCAAUUAGGUGUGAUUCAUCUAGAGGUUGUAUAUGUAGAUUAAUUAAUAUUUUCAAGAUUUCCAUGUCUUCUGUAUGUUUACUGUUGGUUGGGCUGGUGUAUCUAUCAGAGCCUGACCAAGAGCUGCUUGAUUUUGGCUUUUGUUUUUUCAGUGUUUGUAAUGUGUAUAUAUUAUGUGACAAGGUCAAGACAUAUACUAGGAGAUGUACUAAAAGUUAGUGGACACACAUAGUCCUAAUGUGGUCACUUUGUUGUGCCCGCUUGCCUCCAAACAUUGUCAUUGCACCUUCAUAUUUUGUACUUACUGAAAAGGUUAAUUAAAAAGUGUCUUCACAUUUGUGUCAGGGAUCUGUAUGAAGGAGGAACAGUGUGACUAUGUAUUAUGAUCCUGGUGGCACAAUAAUAGAGCUUUGACCACUAGACUUUAAAAUUCUCCUGAAUAUGACUUGAAUUGUUAUCAGAGUGGAAGGGGGAGGUUUCCACUGUCAUUGCAGUACAGCUUAAAGCCAGCUGAUAAUUUUCUCACAAUUGGUCUGGUGAUUGAGUACCAUCUGUGUGCCAUGCAGCCUUUAAUGCAUUUUCCUCAGUUGAUUUAUUGAAAAAAAGAAAAGAACAUCUGAUGUUGUGUAGUUCAUUGCUGUCUGGCAAACUAGAUCCCUGAAAUAUUCAGCUCAACUUAUUAACUUUAGUGUCUAAUGUCAUAACAUUAUCAAUACUUAAAUAUGACUGCUUUUAAGGAUCACAGGAUCACUUAUGUUAAGAAAUUAUUUUUUUACUUAAAUUUAUUAUUGUGGUUACUUGGCUAUUAAGACAUUUUUAUCUCUGUUCUCUCAUUGGGUCACCCAAAAACCUUGAUGUAAUUAUUACAUAUUUUAAUGUAAUGUGUAAAAACACAUGCCCAAAGUUGUUAGUUUAGUCAUUGGUGGAGAGUUGGACAUGCCUGCACUGUGGGAAAAAAUUUUCUUUUAAGCAGUUUCUUAUAAGGACUGAUAUGUGAGUGAACAUCCAAUUAUUGUUUAAGGAAAUGGAAGUGAAUUUUUUGAUGACAUGAUGGUGUAAGAUCCUCAUUAUAUUGUGAAAGCAAUUAUGCUUACAAAAAUGAUAUCCAAAAUUGUGAACUUAAAAAAGUUAUGAUGACCAUUUAGGAAGCAACUAUCUGUUAUUAGGUUUGUGUUGAAUUAAAAAGUUAUUAGAAUGAUUUGACAUAAGUUUUUAAAUUUUGUUGUUGUUGUUAAAUUGGUUGUUUUAUAAACAAAAGAAAAGAAAAAAAAUGAGCAAGAGCUUUUAAGUUCCUAAUGGUUAUAGAGCAAAUUCUGUGAUGGAGAUAUUGUAAAUAUAUUUGUUUUGUGUCAAAACAAUGAUACAUAGA